UUCUGAGUCAAGGGUUGAGCGGCGGACCGUUUUAGCUGAUGGACUGCUGUGUGUUUACACACCUCAGUUUAAAAUGGGAAAACUAAGGAAGAAACACAACUGGAAGGGAAGACAGCAAAAUGACACCCAACAACCAACCGAGGAAGAGAAGACAAACGUUGUUGUAGAACUUCAAGACGGAUCCAGACUUAAAGGAGUAGACCAGAGCAACGUGUUGGUCCUCCCAGCCAACAAAGCCACGAAGAAGAAAGGCUCACUGACUCCUCUCUCCAGAAGGAAGCCCCUCACCAAGAAGCAGAGGAAAGAGCUUCAGAAGGUCCUGGAGCGCAAAGAGAAGAAAGCUCAGAGAGCAGACAUCCUGACCAAACUGGCUGAGGUGCAGGUCCCAGAGUCUGAACUCAAGCUGCUGUACACCACAUCCAAAAUGGGAACAGGAGAUAAACUUUACCAGACCAAACAGUUACCAGAUGAAAUAAAAGAUGGAGAGUCUGCGCCAAAGAUUAGCAGUGUCAGUGGAGCGAACAGAAAAAGAAAAUGGAAAGAAGAAAUGGACGAAGAUGAGAUAGACGAAAGCAGUGGUCUGGACACCUCAUCUGAGGAAGAGGAAGAAGAGGAGGGGGAAAAAGAUGUGACUGAAACCACAGAGAUGACAGCCACUCCCCAUCAGGAGACAGAAAACAAACAGGAGGUGCAGGAGAAACAACAUCAAACAGAACAAGAUGGACAGAAUGAGAAGAACAUAUCAAAUCAGGAGAAAGUUGAAAACAAAACGCCAUCCCAGCCGGCCGUCUUCAUUCCUGUUGACAGAUUACCAGAAAUACAGGAGGCUCGCUUGAAGCUGCCCGUGCUGGCGGAGGAGCAGGUCAUCAUGGAGGCAGUGAAAGAAAACCCCUGCAUCGUCAUCUGUGGAGAGACAGGAAGUGGAAAAACAACUCAAGUGCCUCAGUUUCUGUAUGAAGCCGGCUAUGCCAGUGGCAGUGGAAUAAUUGGUAUCACCGAGCCUAGAAGGGUAGCGGCUGUCAGCAUGUCACAAAGAGUGGCUAAAGAGAUGAACCUGUCAACACGGGUGGUGUCAUACCAGAUCCGAUAUGAGGGGAACGUGACCAGUGAUACCAAGAUCAAGUUCAUGACAGAUGGUGUUCUUCUGAAGGAGAUUCAGAAGGAUUUCCUGCUCCAGAGAUACAGUGUGAUAAUUAUAGACGAGGCCCAUGAAAGGAGCGUGUACACAGACAUCCUCAUUGGACUGUUGUCUCGUAUCGUCCCGCUCAGAAACAAGAAAGGUUUGCCCAUGAAGCUGCUGGUCAUGUCGGCUACUCUGCGAGUGGAGGACUUUACAGACAACACAAAGCUUUUCCGGACGCCACCACUCGUCAUUAAGGUGGAUGCUCGCCAGUUCCCCGUCUCUAUACAUUUCAACAAGCGCACCCCGAUGGAUGAUUACACCGGAGAAGUUUUCCAAAAAACCUGCAAGAUCCACCGGAUGCUCCCUCCAGGGGGUAUCCUGGUAUUUCUGACCGGGCAGGCAGAGGUUAACAAUCUCUGCAGGAAACUGAGACAAGCUUUUCCCUACAGGAGGGGUAACACCACUAAUGGUGAAGAUGAGGACACAGACACCUCAGAGGCGAUGAGGAAGUUUAAGAAGGCCAAACAGAAGAAGACUGUUUCUCUGCCUCGCAUCGAUCUGGAUAACUAUUCUGCCCUCCCGGUGGAUGAAGGGGAUGAAGACAGAGAGGCAGGGAUCGGAGACGAAGACUACGACGGCUCCGACCUGGAGUUUGGAGACGAUCCCGCCAGCUUAGUGGAGAAGGCUGACCCCUCAAUUCCUCUUUAUGUUCUCCCUCUGUACUCUCUGUUGGCCCCAGAGCAGCAGGCCAAGGUGUUCAGGCCUCCUCCACCGGGAACUCGUCUGUGUGUUGUAGCCACCAACGUGGCAGAGACAUCUCUGACCAUGCCCGGCAUCAAGUACGUGGUCGACAGUGGUCGUGUUAAGAAACGUUUCUAUGACCGAGUGACCGGAGUGUCGUCCUUCAAGGUCACAUGGACCUCACAGGCUUCGGCUAAUCAGAGGGCAGGCAGAGCGGGACGAACUGAGCCGGGACAUUGCUACAGGCUGUACUCGUCUGCAGUAUUUGGAGACUUCAGUUUGUUCUCAGAGGCAGAGAUCACCCGCCGGCCUGUGGAGGACCUGGUUUUACAGAUGAAGGACCUCAAUAUAGAUAAAGUGGUGAAUUUUCCCUUCCCCACGUCUCCUUCUGUAGAGGCUCUUGUGGCAGCAGAGCAGCUGUUAGUCUCACUGGGAGCUUUGAAAGAGCCGCCUCGCUCUGGAAGUGUGAAACAGAUGGAGCAAGCUAGGCUGAGCUGUCCCAUCACCCCACUGGGCAGAGCAAUGGCUUCGUUCCCUGUGGCACCACGCUAUGCUAAAAUGUUAGCUCUCGGUCAGCAGCAGGACUGCCUUCCUUACGUCAUCGCUGUGGUAGCAGCCAUGACAGUCCGGGAGAUCUUUGAAGACCUUGACAGAACUGCUCCUAGUGAAGAUGAGAGCACUAAGCUGGCUCAGCGUCGAGUUCGGCUGACCCAAAUGAGGAGGCUGUGGGCUGGGCAAGGAGCAUCGCUCCUACUGGGGGACCUAAUGGUGAUGCUGGGUGCGGUAGGUGCUUGUGAAUUUGUUGGUUGUACUCCGAAGUUUUGCGAGGAGAACGGCCUGAGGUAUAAAGCCAUGGUGGAGAUCAGGAGGCUCAGAGGACAACUUACCAAUGCAGUGAACUCAGUGUGUCCAGAGGUGGGAGUGUUUGUCGAUCCAAAGAUGGCCCCGCCCACUGAGCAUCAGGUGGUGUGCUUGCGGCAGAUUGUCCUGGCUGGACUGGGAGACCAUCUUGCACGUCGAGCACAGGCAGAAGAUGUACUCGACGAAAAGUGGAAGAAUGCAUACAGGACACCGCUUCUGGACGACCCAGUUUUCAUUCAUCCUAACUCUGCGCUCUUCAAAACGCUGCCGGAGUUCGUCGUUUACCAGGAGAUCAUGGAGACCACAAAGAUGUAUAUGAAAGGUGUGUCAGCAGUAGAAGCAGAGUGGAUUCCCGAGCUUCUGCCUCAGUAUUGUCAUUUUGGCUCCCCUCUGGAGUCUCCAUCCCCGUGGUUCUCUUCAUCCACCGGCAGCAUCAGAUGUCACUGCUCAAGCACCUUCUUCCGUAUAGCUUGGCCGCUGCCAGCUGUGGAGAAGGAAUAUCCAGAAGGCCUUGAGCGUUACAAAAUGUUCGCCAGGUUUCUGCUUGAGGGACAGGUUUGUCCUAAACUGAAGAAAAACGCCAGGCACCUUCUCUCAAACCCAUCCAUCAUGCUAAAAUCAUGGGCAAAGCUGCAGCCCAGGACGGAGGUUCUGCUGGGAGUGUUGGUGUCAAAGAGGGUAGACUGCAGAGAUGCCCUCCUCUCUGUCUGGAAAGAUGAAGAAAAAUUUCUGUUGUCUGCAUACUGCGAGUGGUUACCUGAAGCCAUGCAUCAAGAAGUAGCCAAAAGUUGGCCUCCGAUCUGAAUGCUUUCAUCUAACAUGAGAAGACAGAAAACAAUAUUAAAAACUUGACGAGAGACUUUUGCUGAUCUACAGACCGCUAAUACUCCCUUGUUUACCAUCAGAGGGCAUCUUCAGACUUCUGGAUUUUUAAAAUGUCAAUAUGAACGACAUAACAUAACCGACAUGCCUUUUCCCAUUUUUUUUAUAUACUCUAUCUGUGGCUUGUACAGUUUUCAUCAAGAACUCUGUACUUACUUGUUAUCAGUGACCUGCUGUCAAUUAUAUUUUUCUGAUUUGGUCUUCAUAAGACUCAAUAAAACGGUGUGGCUCUGAAUGAGGCUAGUGUGA